AUGCCGAGGUCGAAGAAAAUGUGUAUGGAGAGUAAAGACAAACCCUGCUUGUCAGCAUGUUUUGAGGAACAAAUGGGAUGCAGUGAAGGUAGCAUGCAGGAAGGCGGCAGCAGAGUUUCGAAGCGCGCCAAGCCCCUGGAUCGGGAGGAAGAGGACUAUUACUACGAGGAUGAGGUGGAUGAGCGCAACAAUCCGACGAACGAGGCGCCUGUCGUACCACCCGGAUUCCUCAGUCCAUCGGUGCGCGAGUACCUUGAUCUCGGCAAAUCGAUACCCGGUCGACCAGGCACGGAUUACCCGGUGCUCGGCCGAGUCCCAUACACACAAUUCUACUGCGACGAUCAGUCGUAUCCCGGUUUCUUUGCGGACGUGGAGACGCGCUGCCAGGCCUGGCACUACUGCGACAUUGAUGGACGACAGGCAACCUUCCUCUGCCCCAAUGGCACGCAGUUCAGUCAGGCUGUCUUUGUCUGUGACUGGUGGUUCAAUGUGCGCUGCGAGCUCAGCCCCAAGCUUUACGCGAUCAACAGCAGACUCUACCAGCGCUCGACCGAGAGCCCGACCAGGCCCCACCGUGUCAUCACUAAGGAGCUUCUCGAGAACAUCUUCGCCAAGUGA